AGCUGUCCUCCUCCAAAUAAUCAAACACUCUGAGAGAGGGCGCAAAGGUUUUAGGGUGGGUUGCAAUGGGGCGGAAGAAGAUCGUAAUCCGGCGCAUCGAGAACAAGGCUGCACGGGACAUCUGCUUCUCCAAGCGCCGGCAGGGGCUGUUUCGCAAGGCGAACGAACUGGCCGUCAUGUGCGGCGCCCAGGUGGCCGCCGUCGUCUACUCCCGGGCCGGCAAGGCCUAUUCCUUCGGCCACCCCUCCGCCGAGGACAUCGUCGACCGCUUCCUCCGCCCCGCGGAGCAGGCCGGGGCGGCGGGGGCUGGCAUGGGCGCCGCCGUCGACCCGGACCGGCUGGUAGAGCAGCUGCAACAGAAGUACAACGAGCUGUGCACGGAGCAGAACGCGGUGGAGCAGCGGAAGGAGCUCUGGGGGGAGGCCAUAGCGAAGGGUCGCGCGGAGGGGAGCCAGGCGGCGGCGUAGCUGGACGCAGUCGCAGACCAGCGCGACAUGGGGGACGCGGACAUGCUGGCCUGCAUGGCUUCGCUGAGGGAGGCGCAGGUCACCGUGGCGACGGGCGUCAACCAGGUCCUCCAGGACGGUCGCCGUGACCGGGAGGCAGCCCUCGCACCCCUGCCGCCACAGCUACUAGCCGGCGGCGGUGGCUUUGAGCUCGGUGGGACGGGGCAGAUGAUGGCGGUUAUGCCAACCCCAGGGUUCGCGGUCGGAGGCGGGUUUGAGCUCGGUGGCACCAGCGCCGACGGCUGGAUGGAGGAGCUAAUGACAGCGA